CAGGAUUCUAAUUUGCAUAACAGCCUGAUUGCUAAAUAUUAUCCCUUGCCUACUGUUUUCAAUAUAUCAUCCUGUUGUUGUUGUGGUUGAUUGCGUGUUAAUUUUGUUGAUGAAAGUGAAGCGCGAUCCAGCUUCACAGGCGCGUGUGCUCGACCACGUGAGGGGGAAAUAAUCAAAUUAUUGCUUCUAUUGGUGUUAUUGAGGGUGAUGUGUUUCCCCGCCCACUGAGCUGUGUCCCGUAAUAACUGCUGAGAGCCUCCAGCAGACACACACACACAUCGGAACAGCAGAGCCCAGCGGCUCCCCACAGCUGUUUCUCUGAACAUGGAUGCCAAUAUUGUUGUGAUGGGUACUGAAAGCGUCGGGAAAUCAGCGCUGACUGUGCGUCUUUUGACUCGGAGAUUCAUUGGAGAGUACGGAGAUAUUGAAUCUAUUUACGGACACAACUUUGAGAUGAGCGGAAGAGAAAUCACUCUUAAUAUUUGGGAUUCCCCUUAUUGUGAGGAUUUGUCAGUGGAGACGUCACUCUUUGACAAGAAGAUUCAAUGGGCAGACGGCUUCAUUCUCGUGUACAGCAUUUGUGAUAGAGCCAGUUUCAACAACGUCAGCAGACUCACUCAGACCAUCAAGUCCACUAAAGACUACCUGAACGCAGACAAAGUGCCCAUAGUGAUUGUGGGUAAUAAGAGGGACCUGCACCACAGGAGGACAGUGCUGAGCGAGGAGGGCCGGCUGCUCGCUCUCAAAACAGACUGCCUCUUCUACGAGGUGUCAGCGGCGGAGAACUACCACAGCGUGCUCAUGGUGUUUCAUGGGCUGGUGGACAGGAUGAAGGACGCCAAGCUGACCAUGAAGAGGCCUUUAGGGUUCAAAGGAAUAGUGAAAAGCAUGUCUGCAGUGUUUGCCAGGAGACGCACCGACUCCUUUGAGUAACACAGAGACAGUAGGGGGAGUUUUCUGAAUCUGCACAAGACUGGAUGGAUAUCACAGUCUGCCAGAUGUGUCACAUGUCAGAGUGUCACAAGCCUCCUGAUGCAUUGACUUUAAGUGUGCAAGGACUCCAGAGAAGAGAAGAUCCACAUAGCUUCAGGAAACAUGAAGUCAAAACAGUGUCACUGAGAGGUUUUCUUGUGACAGGUUUUGAACUUGGCAACACUUCAGGCAACAAGACUGAUGAAAUGUAUAGUUUUUUAUAACUGACUUAACAGAUUCUUGACUACUGUGAGUAACAAGGUAUGCAAUUUUUAAAGCUUUAGAAGAAAGCUAUGGCUUCAUAUUGGAGGAAAAUCUUUGCACAAUUUCAAUGUGCCUUUACUGAUGACGACCAAAGAAAAUGUUCAAAAUUAAAGCUCUUAAAAACACAAGUGCAUCUUUUGUAUUGUCGGACAAAUGUCCAACCGACCUUCAAAUUCAUUCUUUCCAGUAACACAUACAUAUUUGUAUUUAUUCAAGUUGAAACACUUUAAGGCAAAGUGCUUUCUAUAUUUGUGAGCUGUUUAAGAAUUGAUCACGAAUUUAAGAGUUGUUUGUCUAAACCUUGUCUUAUAUCUUAUGGGGACUUAAAUAAAGCUUUAAAUGUGCU